CCUCUUUCUUCCCUUCACAGAAAAAGAAAACCAACCCACCGGCAACUCUCCUGCUCAGAUCUGGUCCGUUUUGGGCCGGAUCUGAGCAGGAUUUUCAUCUCCUUUAAUUGCUUUCAAUUAGUUCUUUGUUUUACCUAGUUUUAUUUAUGUUUUUCUCUUGCCAUUUGGUAAGUUUUGUGCAUCUUUAUGGUGCUUUUAUCUUCUCUGUAGAGAGGUUUAUCUCGGCUUUAAUGGUCGUUUUUGGUUACUAUGGAUUUUAAGAUCACUAUUGGUGCUUUCCAUUGACGAAAUUUUCAUCUUUUUUAGUCUUCGGCGACGGAAUCUUCACCGGAAUCUUCAUCUUUGAAUUAUCCGGCGACGAGAUCUUCAUCAGAAUCUUCAUCACAAGUUUUAAGAGAUUUGAACGAAUCACUCCAUUUCUAAGAGCAUUUCUUUAUGAAGAAGAAAAACAAACAAAAUUGUUGGAAUUUAAUUCCGAGAAGAACCAUUAUCUACUGAUUCGAUCGGUUCUUAUUCAUGCUUAUAUUCGUCAUGUUCCGUUAAUCCUUCUCUUUCUCUUGUCGGAUUUUUCAGUGUUGUACUUGUAUGACAUGUUCUUGUAUGACAUUUUCUUGAUACUUUGUAUUCUCUAAUUUUCCAUUUUAAACCCAAUAUAACCUUAAACUUCUAUUAAUGAAAAGGUUCCUUUGUUAAAAAAAAAUGGCUCUCGUCAGCCACCGCUUGUGGGCAUCCUUUAGCAAAGUAUUGGUGUAUUUCUCUCUCUCUCUCUCUCUCCAAAUUUUCUGUUUUUGAUACCUGCUGCUCACUGCUUUCCCCAACUGUCAGAAUUUCUCCCUCCACUUUACCGUGUGAAGCUCUGAACGGCUGAACCUACAGUGUCCUUUCUAUGUUUCAAUUUGCAACCAAUGGGAAUUACCCCAUCAGCAUUUUCCUCAGAACCCUCUUUGAAACCCUAAACCCUCAUUGUUGUAAAAACUCUUUCUACAUCCUCCAUCUUCACCCUCUCUUAAAACUCUACAAAAAUUACUGGUUCUAAUGGUGAUUUCUUUACUACUUAGAGGUCUUGCUCGUCGUAGUCAGAUUUCAACUUGUCUCUCUUCUUAUGAAUCUGUGUGUAGGAAUGUUAACACUCCAAUGCUUCCAUGGGCUAGUUUCAUAUUGGGUAGUAGAGCACUCUGCUCAAAACCAGGUGCAGCUGCACAGAAUGAAAGCAAGACACUAUCUGUGUCCAACCCAACAAAGAUAGUUUUCAAGUAUGUAUGUGCCAGUGACCAGCCUCUAGAAGAUAGUAAGUGCUUCAAAAUAAGAAAGAUAAUUGAGACUCCUACUGGAGAUGCACUCUUUCAACUCAUUAACGGAGGUGAUAAAUAUUAUUCCAUGAGCACUUUUUUUCUCACCAUUCCGGGAAAUUAUGUGAUUGCUGCGCAGUCAUUCAGUGGACGAAGAGUAUCACUGCUUGUUGUUUACUUCCCUCCCUUAUUCGAAAAGAAUCUAUAUAGUUUGUUGAAUAAGGCAAAAUCAGAUUUAGGUUUUACAUCAGUUGGCGUGGUUGCUGACGAGAGAACCGAGGACUCAAUUCCCAGUGGGACAAACUCAGGCUCUGGACGUGUUACAAUCCCUUGCGAUCUUUAUAAUGUAGUUUUAGAUCGCAUUUGGGACAUUAUAAGGAGCGGUGACAAGAUAGUGUCAGACUCAGACACUGGAUGUAUCGAACUCAUCCUCGAUUUUCAUGAUUUCCUUGAUAUUCGUAUAUGGGAAAUGAUAACAAAUGGUGAUAAGACAGUGCUGGAAAACAUUGUGAGCCAGUUAAAGAAAAAUGGAUUUGACUUCAUGGAAGAUCCACUGGCUUUCCAAAAGCUUGAGCAAGCCGUUGAGAGGGCAAUAGCACGAGGGUCAAAUGCCAUCAAGCUUAUUCUGCCAGUUCCUGCUGGUCAUCCUGAAGUGAGUACGACAGUCAGUUGGUACACAAGUGAUGACUGCUUCGUUCCUUGUAGCACAAGUGGUGAUUGCUAGACACGUUGUCCAUGGUGAUUUCUUUUCUGUUCUUGUUUAGAAUACAUGAAAUGGACCAGUCGAUCAAUUAGCUCCGAAGAAACAAAUUACUGUUGACUGAACUAACUUCUCACUACCGCUUCGGCUUUUGUUUAUUGAGCAUGUAAAUAUAAUUACUCUACUAGGCACUUUAAGCAUGGAAUCAGAUUUGA